AGCUUUUAGAAAAGCCAUGCUCUCACCAUGAUUUUGGCCAGAAGCUGACAUGGUGGAAAGAGAAUAUUUAAUUCCCAGCACUGGAUUGUGUUCGUCAAGGAAAAUGUUUGUAUCCCGUGUGGAUAAAAAGGUGCAUGCAAAUCUUUAGUUUCAUCACAGAUUUAUAUCAUUAAACACUUUGGUUAUCGAAAGACUGAUUAACCUAUUGAUUAAUUGGAUCUAGAUAAGGUAAAUGCAUGUCCUGUGGGAUAUGUACUGCCAGUGUUUGAUUUGAUUUGAGGAGGACGCCUCACCCACUGGCCUCUGAGUGUGGGAAAGCUAUUCCUGACUGGGACUCAUGGCUUUGUAAUGCUAAUGAGCUCCUAUAAAUAGAGGAGCACACCCCUCAUUCCCAACACAACUGACUUGCUUUCCUCAGAGAAACUUCUCUCCAUCCGAAAGAAUGGCUCCAUCCUACAUGACUGACUUCUCUAAACUCUCCAACAAGGAAAAGCAUAAAUUGAGAAAACCAGUGGUGGAAAAGAUGCGCAGAGAUCGCAUCAACAACUGCAUCGAGCAGCUCAAAUCCAUGCUGGAGAAGGAGAUCCACCAGCAGGAUCCAAACACCAAGCUGGAGAAAGCCGACAUCCUGGAGAUGACGGUGGUUUUUCUGAAACAGCAGCUGCAGCCCAAGACCUCGGCUCCACAGAAAGCCCACUUUGAUGGCUAUUCCCAGUGUUGGAGGGAGACCAUGAGCUUCUUAUCUGGAGACAACAAGGUUGAUGCUGUACGUCAGCAUCUGAACCGCUGCCAAGAAGCCCAGAGAUCAUCUCAAGACCUCACUCACGUGUCUCCAGCUUCCCAUCAGCCCACCAAGGUGAAGCAGGAACCAUGUGCUCACAGAUCUCUCUGGAGACCUUGGUAGACAAUGAAAGACUUCCACAGAAAAACUAGACGGUGGUUUUACCAUCUCUUGUGUUGUAGGAGAUGCUUCCUUUUUUAAACCCCCAAUUGCUCACCGGGCACCUCAGCAUUGGCUGCCCAUUGCUCCAGGUGUGUGUGUGUUCACAGUGUGUUUGUGCACUUGGAUGGGUUAAGUGCAGAGCACGAAUUUCGAGUAGGGGACACCUUACUUGGCCAGAAUUUUUAAUUGACACUUCCACUAGAUUAUGGAUGGGAAUGGGUUUCACAAUGUGAAAGUGUAAUUCUCUACAGGUGAUUACAUUAUGUUAAAUAAUAAUAAUAAUAUUAUAUUAUUAUUGUAACACCUCUAUAGUUUUCCUCAUGGAUGGACAGAAACUUCGCAUUGAAGAGUCAAUGAAUGUUUAACUCCUGUGGAGUAAAAUACAAAGUAAAUAUUUGCAAUGUUUGAUAUGCAAAUGCUAUAGUUUCUUCUUAUGCAGGAUGUAAAUUUUCACUUUUUUUUCUAAUAUAUAGUGACAUACUGUAUGUUAAUUGUGCAAACAUAGUCACAUACAAAUAAACACUUUUUGAAUA